AUGGAGAAGUCAACACACGAGUUUGGUACCAAUACAGAUGAUGUGACUAUUGAUAAGGAAUGCUCAGUUGCCAUCCGAUAUGACUGUGCUACGAGGGAAAAGGAAUUACAUGUAUAUAUUUGUAAUUUCUGCCAACAAAGCUUUCCUUCAAAAUACAGGCUCACAAUGCAUGUGUUUAUGCACAUUGAUGGCACUCAACCACCUUUGUAUGUUUGUAAGUGGUGUGGUGAGGUAUUCCACAGUGAUGUUAGUUUGAAAAAACAUUUGAAAAUGAGUGAGUAUUAUGUCUUAACUGCUGGCAACCAUGAAACAUAUGGCUAUAGUGAUAAGCAUGAAAGCAGCAUCUUCUUGAAUAGUGAUCCUGUAGUUUCUGUUGCAGAAGACAAUGAGCAGCCUUCAUAUAAGGAAACUAGAAAAGCAUCAAAGAAGUCCUCUGACAUGUGUAACACACAAACGGCAAAUUUUGCAGAGAAAACAAGUGAUUAUGGAACUUCAUCUACAGCUGUUAAUAUCAGUGCCCAAGCUGAGCUACCUACUGCAAAAAGAACCAACAAAUGUGAUAUUUGUGGCAAAUUGUUCACUAGGUCAGGUGAUCUCAAGAGACAUGUAUUCAUACACAGCAGGAAAAGACCGUACAAAUGUGACAUACGUGACAAUUCGUAUGCCCAGUCAGUUCGUCUCAAGACACGCAUAUUAAUUCGCACUGGGAGGAAACCUCACAAACAUGAGAUUUCUGCGAAAUCUAAUGCUAGGGAUCUCAAAACACAAACAUUAAUUCACACCGGAAAGAAACCCCACAAAUGCGAUAUUUGUGGGAAAUCUUAUACUAUGGCAGGGAAUCUCAAGAAACACACAUUUAUUCAUACUGGAAAGAAACCUCAUAAAUGUGAGGUUUGUAUGAAAUCUUUUGCUAGGUCAGACGAUCUCAAGAAACACGCAUUCACGCACACCGGAGAAAGACCUCACAAAUGUGAUAUUUGUGAGAAAUCGUUUGCUUUCUCAAGCGACCUCAAGAGACAUGUAUUAACUCACACAGGAAAGAAACCUCACAAAUGUGACAUAUGUGGGAAAUGUUUUGCUGUGUUAAGCAAUCUCAAGGCACACGUGUUAAUUCACACUGGGAAGCAACCUCGCAAAUGCGAUAUCUGUGGGAAAUCUUUUGCUACGGCAGGCAGUCUCAAGACACACUCCAUAAUACACUCUGGAAAGAAACCUCACAAAUGUGAGAUUUGUGGGAAGUGUUUUACUGUGUCAAGCAAUCUCAAGACACAUUUAUUAAUUCACACUGGGAAGAAACCCCACAACUGCGAUAUUUGUGGGAAAUCUUUUUCUACGGCAGGCAGUCUCAAGACACACUCCAUAAUUCACUCUGGAAAGAAACCUCACAAAUGUGAGAUUUGUGGGAAGUGUUUUAAUGUGUCAAGCAAUCUCAAGACACAUGUAUUAAUUCACACUGGGAAGAAACCCCACAAAUGCGAUAUUUGUGGGAAAUCUUUUCCUACUGCAGGCAGUCUCAAGACACACUCACUAAUUCACUCUGGAAAUAAACCUCACAAAUGUGAGAAUUGUGGGAAAUGUUUUACUGUAUCAAGCAAUCUCAAGACACAUGUAUUAAUUCACACUGGGAAGAAACCUCACAAAUGCGGUAUUUGUGGGAAAUCUUUUGCCAGGGCAGGCAGUCUGAAGAGACAUUCACUAAUUCACACUGGAAAGAAACCUAACAAAUGUGAGUUGUGGCAAGUCAUUUGCUAGAUCAGGUGAUCUCAGGACACAUGCAGUAGAACACAUUGGAAUGGGACCUCCCAAAUGUCAUAUGUGACAAGUUUCAUUGAAUUGGGUACUCUCAAGACACAUGCAUUACUUCACAUCAGAAAGAAACUACAAGUAAGUGUUUGUUUAUACAAAUAGGUUUUCCUGGGUGGUGCCCUCAAGGCCUUUAAAAUAAUGGAUCUAGCAGAGGAACAAUAAGUUGUCAUGCCUGUGAAAUAACAUUAAAAUGUGGCAGAACUGUAAAACAAAAACGUGCAAUAAUGUGUAGUACAGAGUGGUAACAGGUAAUGUGACAAUAUAAAAAUCCAAAUCUGCAGCUUGAGAUGUCGAGAAAUUGUAUUUCUAAAUAAACCAGAAACAUAAAUCGAUUUUUUUUGUCAUUAACACUGCUGCUUUUUCCCAUCGAUCUUGAGACAUGAAGAUUGUCAAUUGUGAUAAAUCCUUACCUUUGUCAGUAAUCAUAAGUAGCAUUCAAUAUUCAGUAGAAGCCCAAAGAAAUGUUAUGACUUGCUGCUUAUUAUUCCAAACAGUCAUCAUGUAGUACUUGUAACUCUGCAUUUUAGAAGCAGUGGCAGCAACAGUGAAUAUGACAAUUACUCAGGUAUGUAUCCUGAAGAGAUUUCCUGUAUGUGUCAUUAAUAUUGUGUACAUUGUUUUGUUAGUACUAAUCCUGCAUUAGUAAACGUAACAACAGAUAUAGCAACCUGCUUAAUAGCAUGUUUGUCCACCUUUGGAACUCAAUACAUCGACAGUUUUACAUGAUGUGGACUUGACAUGUCGUUUACAUGUUUCUGAAUGUAUGUUGCACCAGAUGUCUAUGCAAUUGUAUUCCAUACAUUCAGAUCAGGUCAAUGGUGUGGUCGAGGCAUCGGUGUUAGUUACCAUGCUACUCAAACCACUGUGGAGUCUUUCUGCACAUGUGACAUGGACAGUUAUGCUGAAAGAAGCUUUCACCAAUGGAGAACACAUCAGGCUUGAAAGAAUCUAUGCAGUUGCAACAAAUGUCACGUAGUCUGCAACUGUUAUGAUGCCUUCAAUUACUACUAGAUUUCCCAAAGGAUCCCAAGUGACUGCCCCCAUAGCAUAAUGGGUCCUCCAUCUGGUGCCAUUCACCUAGAUGAUAGCAUAUCUGGAUGUGACAACUGAUGUGGUGUAACAGGAAAUGUCAUCCAGCCUGACAUUUGCAUUGACCUUCAGUCCAGCCUGAAUGAUCCCUUGCCCACAGCAGUUGCAAUUGAACAUUUUGGUGGAUCAGUAUGGAAACAUACAGUGACCAUAUGUUGUGAAUUCCCAUGUUCAACAAUGUACAUUGAACUGUGGGUUCAAAAAUGUGUAUGGCUGUUUUCCGUCAUUACAUAUGCCACAUAUUGCCAAAUUUCCAGCUUUACAGAACAGGCAAGCCUCUGACCUCCAUGAUUUGUGAAGUAUAGAUGUAUUACAUCUUUUCAUAAGGUUAUGGUUUUUAUCACCUUUCAGCCACUUUCCACAGAUGUUCUCAACAGUAGCAUAGAUUCAGCCAAUGAGCUUCACCACUCUUGAGGCACUAGUUCCCAACUGCAAUGACAUUAUAACUUGCCCUUUGCUAAAGUCACUUACGUCAUCUUGUUUACAUGCUCGCAUCCCCUCUAAAACAAUACCUUGUUAAUCUCUGGUCUACUUACAUACUUAUAAUCUGCUUACUGUAUCAUGUGCAUACAACAUGUGGCAUUCAUUCUCCUCAGAGGCAGUGUUCAUGACAUUUAUGCUCAUCAGUGCAUCUUCAGGUAAAUGGGUCAGGUGCGAAAAUGUGUAAUCUAGCGUAUGCGCUGUGCUUUGUUGCAAUUUACACCAGUGCACAGUAGCUGUAUUUUGGUGAAAUUUUUGUUUCACAAAGCUCUGUAUAUGAUUCAGAGACGCUGUAGAUAAGUGUUAUGCACCUAAGCUCUUAAUU